AUGUCCUUUAAUUUUCAGCGGAACAGUGACGCGCACGUACCAAUUGACUGUUGUAAUAUUAGAAAAACUGCGGCGUUACCAGCUCAUUGGGUCUGGGACAGCGAGGGUUUCUUCUACAAACUCGGAGUUGUCGACUUUGCUGGAUGUUCUGCUGUGCAUAUGGUUGGGGGUAUUAUUGGAUUAAUCGCAACCGUUUACCUUAAACCACGACGGAAUCGUUUCAAUGAGGAUAGCGUUCAUCAGAUGAGUUCACCUACCAACGCUUUGCUAGGAACGUUCCUCCUUUGGUGGGGAUGGUUUGGUAUCAAUGCCGGAUCAGUUUGGGGGAUCACAGGUGGAAGAUGGAGACUUGGUGCCAGAGCGGCUGUUGCUACGAUUAUGAGCUCUAUUGGGGGAGGCGCGACGUCAAUAGUGAUAAGCUUUGUGAAAACAAAGAAACUACAAGUAAAUUUCCUAAUCAAUGGUAUACUGUCGUCGAUCGUAUCAAUCACAGCACUUUGCGCUGUUUCACGUCCAUGGCAUGCUCUUAUAAUCGGCGGUGUCUCAUCGGCAUUUUCAAUCUCAGUACUACCGUUGUUGGACCGAUUUAAAGUGGAUGAUCCUGUUGGAAUUGUGCCCAUACAUCUCACGUCCUCUAUAUGGGGCAUGGCUGCUGUUGGUAUCUUUUGUGAAAAGGAUCGAUAUUUGUCUGGUGCCACAAAUGGCCUCGCGGGUCUGCUCUAUUCGGGCCACUUCACUUUACUCGGAGUUCAACUUUUAUGUACGCUGACUAUUCUGGUAUAUAGCGCCACUUUUGGUUUACUGGUUCUUGUCCUGAUAAGCAAGAGCCCUCUUGGUCUAAGAGUCACCGACUAUGAGGAACAAAUUGGAGCCGACGUUAUUGAACACGGUUUGGCUGGAACGAAUGUUGCCAGAUAUGUUAUUGAGAAACCGCUGAGUACACGGACAUUCCAAACAGUAACAAAAGCGAUAACAAAGUGGAAAAUGUUGGCUAAAACGAAAAGUAGGUCGAAGCGAAUGGAGCAAGCAAGACAGAAACGACUCGAAGAAGAACGAGCAUUCACAGCUACUAAUAAUUUGAACGGAGCAAAUGGAAGCGCAAUAACAGGCAACGGGGUUCUGUUGCAACAUCGUCGUGUAUCCAGGGUCUCUCAAGGAGCAGAAGUACGUUCACCUCGAGAAAGUGGCUCUAAAUCGGAUCCUGACCCGGAAGCACAAACGCACAACGAAGAUCGUUCCAAACCGUCUUCACACAGUUCUACGAUAUCCACUCACGAAUCAUCACAGUCAGAAACAGCAGAGAACAAGAAUACAACGGAAAGCUCAUUCCAAAACGACGAUUCUCAGGACCCCACCCAAGUUUCACAGCACUCAAGUGCUUCUACAAGCACUGAUCGUCAACCAACAACCACGAACCGUCCUAUCACGACAAGCAGCAUUGCAGCUGCGGUCACUAGUACUAGACCGUCUACUGUUGGAAAGUUUGUGCGAUCACCCCAAGCACGACCGUUGACACCACCAGAUGAUAUUAGCAUGGGUGAAGAAGCGGUGAGCAGCUCCGCUCCUGUGCCGUCCGGAAAAAACAACAAAAUUGCGCCCCAGUAG